CAUGGCAACAACCACGAAGCCAUAACGACAACUGCGGUCAGCGCUGACAUUAGCUAACGCGAUAACCGGCUGUUUUCAUUGUAAACGCUUUGGAAUACAAACACUAACGGCUUAUUAACGUUUGCUUUUUCUUUCUUUCUUUUCUUUUUUCUACUAAACUCAUUUGUUGUCGUUGACGACUGUUAGAGGACACCGUGUCGGGAGAUGAACUGCAGUUAGCACCUCUGAAACCCGUCAUUAGCAUGGCUGGGAUGGGAAAGACGCCUGUGGUGACCCCUCAGCAGCUAACGAGAGGAAGGUAGUGACGGUUAAGGAGCGAGGUUGAACUGCCGUAUGCAAUGAAGAAGUUAUUGAGCUUUACCAAGAAGAAGAAGAACUGUGGCACCUCAGACAAUGUCAGCGCACUUUCUGAUGGCUACGACUUGAAAGACAAGGAUCUGGGGAAGAUCCACAAGGCUGUCUUCCAGGGUGAUUUGGCCAAGCUGAAGCCGCUGGCUAAGAAGAGUGAUAUCAAUCAACUUGACAAGGAGAACAGAACUCCACUUCAUAUUGCGUGUGCCACCGGUCAUGAUGAAGUGGUUCAGUUCCUCGUUGAUAGCAAAGCCAAACUUAACCUGCGUGACAAUCAAAACAGAUCCGCCCUGAUGAAGGCAGUGGAGGGCCAGCAUGAACGCUGUGUGGCAAUAUUGCUGGAAAAUCAAGCCGAUCCAAAUCUUGCAGACGUCAACGGCAAUACGGCCCUCCAUCUAGCAGCGAACAUCCCCUCCAUUCCCACAGCGACACGUCUGUUGCAGCAUGGGGCGGAAAUUAACGCGCAAAAUAAGGAGGGGUUCGCCCCAUUGACCAUUGCGAUCCGUGAAGACCGUAUUGAAAUGGCCGAGUUUCUCCUGAAAGAGACAGCUGAUGUGAAUUGUCUUGACCACGAACAAAGGUCCCCUUUAAUGCUAGCUGCCUGCAGCGGUCAGCACAGUAUGGUAAAGCUUCUCUUGCAGUUCGAUCCAGACAUCACCCUUCAGGACAAAAAAGGGUGGACAGCUGAUGACCACGCACAAAAAAAUGGACAUCAUAGUUGUUGCCUCCUAAUCACAGAGUAUGUUACCAAGAGGACACACAGGGCCUCAGUAUCACGUCCAGGUCCAUACAAGAAGAAAAAACCACCGAGCAUUCCCUUCCACCAUGAACCUGAACCAGGCUUUUCUUUGGGAGGACCAGCCACUGAUAAAGAGCUUGGGACAAAUGAAGAAGGGGGAGAUUUAGAAGACAAUUCAUUGUCAGAGUCAGUCAGUCGAGCUUCUAAAAGUGCGAAUGAUGAAUGGCCCUCAACAGAAGAUGAUGAUGACUCCUCUGCGGGAAAGAAACCACUUAAAGUGAACCUAAGCCGAAUUUUGGCGUCUAAAAAAGGAGAAGCUCCUGUUCUACCCGACACUUCCCUGAGUGAUGCAGAAUCAGAGCCACUACGUAAAACUAAUGUCCCAGUAGAUUCCUCUACAGUUUCCAUUCUUUCCAAAUCCCCUCUUCAUAUCUCCAGAAAGAAACAAAAUUUUACUGAAGAUGAAAAAGACAAUGAUAGAAAAGGAAAAGAUGAAAAAGACUCAUCGAAUGCUGAUAAUAAAUCUCAAGACAGUGGAGACGUCCAUGAUGGAGUUCCAACUGUUCCAAAAGUAGAAGUUGGUAAAGAUAAAAAAAGAGACUUCCGGUUAGAACUGGGUCUGAAGAAAGGGGAAGGAGAUGAGAGUUCAUGGGACUCCGAGUCGAAUUCGGAACUUUCCAACGUACCACAUAAGGAAGAGCCAAAUCUGCACAGCCCAAAUAGAGAGGGAGCAAAUCCUGUGGAAGAUUCACUCAAAGAAACUGACAGUGACAAUAAGGAUAAUCAAAGGGAGCUUACAACGGAAGACAAUCCUGUACAGAAAAAGAAGGAAAGUUCUAAAGAGCUCAGUGUUUUGAUCAGCCACAAAGGAAAUGUCAACAUAAUGGACGAGCUUGGUGUCGGCGAUGUAGAUGAUCUUGAAGUAUCUUAUGUUCGUGGUGCAGAUGGAUCAGACUGGGAUUCUACCAGCAGUAUCAGUAAAAGAACCCCGACUGGGUUGAAGAUUCCCUCCUCUGGCCUCGAGGAGUUUCAGAAAGACGGUGGUCUUCCCAGAACCUCAACACCUAAGAGGAGCAGCAGCUUUGGGAAGAGUCUACCCAGCACGUCCUCCAUCUCUGCUCUGCUGCUCCAACCUCAUACAACGAAGAUAAAUUUUCAGACGCCAGACGAAGAAGAUUCAGAUAGUGAGAUAGAAAAGACUAGAGGCUCUCAAGAAAAUUCUCCUGCAGGCAAUCGGCGACGGUCAGCGCAGGAACCUGGUACUGCUGAAGAGGCAGAAAACAUUCAAGAAAGUUCGGAUUAUGAAGUGGAAAAGGAGAAAGAUGAUGCAGUAGAUGGAUGUGAGUUCAGUUUGAACAACUUAGGCCAUGCAGGCUCUGACACGGAAGAAAAGGUAGGUGGAGAUACUCCGUGGGAGAAGCGUUACGAGAAACUCUGGGUAGAGGUUGAGAAAAGGGAGGUAAAAUCCACCUUUAAGAGCGUCACUGGGGAGUUAAAGGAGAGGUUUGGCGAACUUUUUAAAUCAAGGGAUCCUGCGAAAACCCCCACGGAAGACACUUCUCCUGCGUCCAGCUCUACGGGUGAAGAUUCAAGUGACGAGGAAGAAGAGGACAUCGUUCGCCCCACAGCUAGAGCAAGAAGUAUUGUUCUUCUCACCAUCCCUGAGCAGAGAGAGUCAGGACAGGAGGAGUCUAUGGCAGAGUCACCUGGCAGCUCCUUGUGUGAGGAAACACUACCGGACUGUGAUCAAGAUGUGAACGAUAGCUUUAUCCAUCAUAAGUCAGCUCUACUCACAGCUGAUGUCGAGACCAAAGCUUCAUCACAGCUUACCGCCGCACAGGAAGAAAGCGAAGACGAUACCGAUCGAUACAGCAAACCUGCUUCAAAGGAUAACGGCGUAGCUCUGCUUGCUACUGACUCUGCUGGCCGUCUACAUGAAGCUGGUGGGUCCAAUGCAGGGUCAGAAGAGAGUCUGACGUCUGAGCUGGCCUUGCAACACAGAUGUCCAGAUGUCUCUAAUGGAGAAGGGCCUGAAGAAGAGGACAUGAUGAGGUUUGAUCCUGAGAUGGCCGGCAAAACAGGUGCUGUGACAAAGCAUCGAAAGUCGUUAUUUUACCGCGAUGCCAGUGAAGCAGGUGGUUCGGAGAAGCCUGGGACCAGUGUAUGUUUAAGUUUGGUUCAAGCUGGAAGAUCUAAUCAGGAAUAUGAGUUUGAUGCCAGAGCUCCAAUCGUACAGAGCUGCAGUGGCAUAAAGCAAGGUGGAGAAGGGAAAUUACAGCUUGAGCUGAUGGUCCAUUGGGCCCGGCAAAGUGGAGGCCCUCAGGCCAGCAUACAAGUUGAUCGACCAACCGCACAUGAGGUUGGGGAAAGCCCUAUAAGUGACAUAUCGGACGAUGAAGAAGGCGACAGGUCUACGACUACAGAUCAACGGAAAAGCAAGGUCCAGAGUCUUGAAGACAUAAGCAUGCCUGACGAUCUAGAAGAACUCAGCCAGUCGUCCGACACAGACGAUGCGGACUCGCAAAUUUCAGGCUACCGUAAUGCAGCCUCCUUCAUGCAGAAGCUGGAGUCAUUCUCUUUGGAUCCCACGACUAUGACAAAGAUACAGAACAUCUUCCACGAGUACGAGCGUUCCAUUGAAAAAAUGCGAAGUCGCCAUGGCUAUCUGUCAGAGAAGGUGAACCAGCUGGAAGCGGAAAGAAUGUCGCUGAAGAGCUUACUGGAGGAAGUCAGAGACGCUAAGGCCCUUCUGGAGCGCAACCAGCUGGAAAUACAGACUGACCUCACAAACAUCAAAUUUCAACUGAAACAAGAGCAGGAGAAUCGCCAGAAUGCCUCCAUGAUGUACGACUCCACCAAAGACAAGCUGAAGCGGGUGGAGGAGCAGCAUUUGUUUGAGGUUGAGGACAAGCAGAAGGUGGAGCUGACACUGAGGAACGUGGAGCUGGAGAUGAGAACGCUCGCCAGCAACUUGAAACAGCUAGAAGAAGAGCAACAUGAGACUCAGAAGUUGCUGGCUCAGGAACGCACCUCCCGGGCCCUGCAGGAAAAUCUGCUCAACAAUCACCUCCGAAAGCAGAAGGAGAUAGAGGCGGAGAACAGGAAAAGCAUCACCAGAAGCAAUGAGGCUUUGUCUCAGCUCACCGAGGCCGGCGACAGGGAAAGAGAGCUGCUUCGUCAGAAUAGUUCUCUUCAGGAGCAGCUGGCCACGUUAAAGGCAGACUUCGAACAUUCCCAGGCAGACAUCAAACUCAAAGAGACCACCCUCGAGGAGGAGAAGGAGGCCCUCAAGGAACAACUCGAGGACAUUCGUCAAGACCUCCAGCACAGCAAUGAAACCGUGACCCAGACCGUGUUCACUUGCAACAACCAGCUGGCGGCCCUGAAGGCUGAGUUGGUGAAAACCACGAGCCAGCUGGAACACGAACGACACGCCCGCGAGGCGCUGGAGACCGAGGCCGAGUCGACUCGGUCUCGCUUGGCCGCAGCCGUGAAGGAGGUCGAACUUCGCCUGGCGUCUCACGCAGAGACAGAGAAAGUUCUGCUCAGAGAGAAGGAAGAACACCAGAGACAGAAAGACCGACUCGCACACGAAAUAACCAUUCAGCGCGAGGCAGUCAGCAACCUGAAACAGAAGCUGGCCAAGGCCGACGCUAAUACAAACACCAUGGAGAACGACAUGCAGCGGGUCUCUGCGCAGCUGACGGAGAAGAAUCUGCUGCUGGACGCCCUGCUGAAAGAGAAGGACUAUGGCAUGGCACGUGCCAAGGAGCUCGAAACGACUCUGCAAGCAGAGAAGGAGCUGUCCAGUCGCAGCAUAGCACGCCAAGAAGCAGCGGAAGAACGCCUCGCCCAUGCCCAAAGCGAGACCGUGUUGCUCCGGCAGCACCUGGAAGAGGCCCAGAACCAAGCCGCCGCAAAGGAGCGCGCCAUGACCGAAGCCCAGGAGCGCUUCAGCGACAUGCUGACCAAGCUGCGCGCUGACUGUGAACAAAGAGUUCACCUGGUCGAGGAGAGGAAUAAGGAGCUCGCCAGCAAGGCUGCUGAACUUCGUGAUCUGAACAUCAAGUUAGAGGAAGAGAAGAAUCAACGAGAAAACACUGUAAGGCAGCUGCAGCAGGAGCUGGCCGACUCUCUUAAGAAGUUAUCGAUGUGUGAAGCUUCCCUGGAGGUCCUCACACGCUAUCGCAACGACCUGGAGGAAGAGAAAGCUCGGCUUGUCAAAGACGUCGAAAGACUCAGAGAAAAGCUUGAAGAAACCGAAGAGAAGUACCUCCAGGCAGAGCGACACAUCAACAGUACGAAAGUCAGAAUUGACAGAAUGGAAAAGGAACUUAGCAGUACCAUCCAUAAACUCCAAGAGGCGGUGGCUUCCGUCGUGGCCUCUGAGAUCACCACCAAACAGUUGGAGGAAGCAAUGCAAAACCUGGAGGUCGAGAACGCCAAACUGGAAGGUACUACGAAGCAGCAGGCUGAUAAAAUUGAGGCUCUUCAGAAAAGUGCUGAGGAAGCCGUCGUGGUCCGUGCACAUUUGGAGGAGUUGGUAUCAAACCUCCAAGGCCAGAAGAUUUCUUUGGAAGAACAGCUGAAUAAAGAGUUGCACAAACAGAGCAUGCUGUCUAACACCAUGCAAGACUCUCAGGUCCUGUGGGAGGAAGAGACAAAGAACCGCUCAAAGUUAGGACUGCGCAUGACAGAACUUGAAAGAGAAAAAGCAGAGCUUAUAAACCAGAUGGAGACGGAAAAGAAGAAAGCCAAGAAAAUCGCAGAGCAAAAGAAAGCGGUUGACACUCGCCUCGAUCAAGAGAUGAAGAGAAACACGGAUCUUCAAAAAGAAAUGCACAGGCAACGAACUUUAUUAAAAAGUGCAAAGAAGAAGCUGCAGGGUCAAGAGUCUUAUUCGUCUAUGAAGAGCCCUCACAGGCGACCGAGUCAGGCUGAUGGGUGGAUGAAGGACAAGGUGGAGGAUCUGCAGGCAGCGCUGGAGAAGGAAAAAGCUCGUCGCUACCAGCUGGAGCAGAUCAACGAGGAGCUUCAGGACCAGUUGGCCUCCCUGACAGGCGUGGGCAGACACCACGGCGAGCUGGAGAGAAACAAAAAGCACCUGGAGAGCGAGUUGCUGGAGCUGAGGCGCCAAUUGGACAGCGCCCAGCCCGACCAGAGCGUGCUGGAUCAGUACCGACGUGAAGCAGAGGAAAAAGCCCACCAGGAGGUGCAGCAGAAACUUGAGCAGGUCAACCUCUUCCUACAGUCCCAGGCGGCGUCUCAGGAAGCGCUAGAUGAGAUCAAAGCCGCCAACGAGGCCAACCUGCGCUCCCAGCUGGAACAGAAGAUCCGGGAGCUGGAAGGGGAGCUGAGCCGAGCCCGCACCAUCCAUCAGGAGGCAGUCAGCCAAAAAGAGUCCACGCGCUCAGAGCUGGAGCGCUACCGACACCUCUACAACGAAGAGAUGCGUCUGCGGAUGUCCUUAGCUGCCAAACUGGAGAGGGCCAACACCCGCCUCUCCGAAGCCAACUCCAAGUUGCUGAGUGAGCGCAGCAGGAGUCUUAUGAUGGGAAACAUUACAAGCGGGAGCCUGAUGGGACCUUCUCUGGACAUGAGUGCCUUGGCUACGCCAGCCACCCCCGGGACCUCAAUGGGGGCCCUCAAUAGGAACACGAGCGUGGGAUAUUCCCUGCCCAGUACUGAGUCAGACGGACAGAACCAAAGGGUGGAGGACUACCUGGCUAAGAUGCAGAGAGAGCUGGACAAAAACAUAUCGAAAGAACUGAGACACGCCACAGCGGAGCUGGACGCCGCCUCGGCCCGCCUGUCUCCUGUGGGCUCCGCCUCCAGAGUGGAGCUGGACCCCCUCAGCUGGGCCACGCAGCAGUAUUUGGAGGUGCUGAAGAAGAACCGUAGGAUCUGAACACACGUUUCUGCCAGCCACCGGAAAACUAAAGCCAAGACCAAGAAACUAACGCUUUUUUUUUUUCUUAAGUCUUCUUGUCAUGAAAUAAACUUGACCGCACGUUGCACUUACCUCCCCUUGACCCCUCACGGAGUGAGGGACGGACGAGACUCUGAACUAAAGACGACCUCAGAAGUAUUUGUCUUGCCGGCUGAAACUAGUUUUGAUUUGUGAAUUUUUGGUGUUUUGGAAUUACCGCUUUUAAGUAUUUGUAUUUAUCAUCAUUUUUGCCAAUUUAUGACAUUUGGUACAUGCCAUCCAAUGGUGCAAUAUCUGUGGUAGUACUGAUAUAGAGUUGUGUCGCUCUCGGUUUAUUUGUUCUUUUAUGUAAUGAACAGUAUAUACUUGAACAUGACGAGCUGGAAUGAGGUCCGGCUAUAAAAACAGGGUGACCAUGGUUUUACAUUUCAGCUUAUUGUUGGUUUGAUGAAAGGGACAGUCGGUUUAUAUUUUGUUCCAUUAUUAUUUUUUGUUGUUUUAUAUUAUCUUAAAAUACUGUAAAAUAAAAAUACAAAUACAUAAAUAUACAGAAAGGUUUUCAAAGUAACGUUUCAUUCACUGCAACAACAGUGGAAUCAAAAGUUUGUACUCUGCAUAUAUUAGUAUCUAAAACUGAACAAAUGAAAAGCUAUAUGGAGCAUCCAGGAAGGAUUUGUUGUCAACAUUUUCUACCUAAAUACAGCAAAUGUUUUAAUGUAAUCUAUUCCAAUAUGGGUUUCCCUUGACUCAUAUUUACAGUGAAGGAGAAGACAUAAAAUGGACAGCAAAUCCAUCUGAAAAAUGAUCCGAGCUGCUCAGAUUUUACAGCAAAGCAUUCCCAAACCGUGACACAUAGAGUGUGCAUCCUUAAAAUGUCUUAAAUUUGUUAUUCUGAAAUUAAGGCAUUAAAAUGUCUUAAAUUCA